GUUCAUAUGGCUGCACAUUUUGCGAACAUCCGACAAAAAGCGUCAAUGGUUACAUAAAAUACCCGAUAUCAGUUGAUGUACCGCCGGAUCGGACCGAUACAUCAAUUCGAGAAAACAUGAUGACUAAUGAUAACACGAAAGGUGUUCAAGGUCCCUCCGUUCUUAUGAAUCUGCAACACUUUGAUUUGGUGAGAGGCAUGGUCCCGGAUUACAUGCAUUCGGUAUUACUAGGUGUCAUCAAAUUUCACACAGAGAUUCUUCUUACAUCUGUUGGCGAACCCUAUUAUGUUGGGUCACCAAAUUGCAUACGUAUUAUCAAUAAAGGCUUAAAGUCUAUUGUUUGUCCCUCGGUUAUUACUCGACUGCCAAGAAGAAUCGAUGAACGUCGUCUUUGGAAAGCCUCGGAAUGGCGGUCUUGGCUCAUAUGGUAUUGUUUAAUUUGCUUCAAAGGUAUAUUGCCACAAAAAUAUUUAUUGCACUUGGCACUUCUCGUUACUGCAAUACACAUUUGUUUACAAAAAUCGAUAAGUCAUAGUAUGAUAAGUACAGUUAACGAGCUAUUGUUAAAAUAUGCCAUACAAGUGCAGAGUUUCUUUGAAGAGCAUGCAAUGAGAUAUAACGUUCAUCUACUUCUUCAUAUACCCUCGAGUAUUAGGAAUUGGGGACCAUUAUGGACAACCAACACUUUUCUCUUUGAAAACAAAAAUAGAUUGCUUUUGCAAAUAAAAACAAGUCCUUAUCGCGUAGCUAUUCAAAUUGCAUGGCGGUAUGUUUUUUACAGGUCAAUUCCGGUUUUUCAAAUUAAUAUUAUAAUUGGUGAGCGAUACACACAAUUUUGCGAAGAAAUAUGUGUACAAAUAAAAAAUUGAAUUUU